AAUGAAUAGCAAUCAAGACUUAAAAGAAGAGUGUAUUGAAUAGAUUUAAGAAUCUGAAAACUAACAGAAACUCUUAGAAGAACCUCAUUACAUAGAUGAUGAUGAUCAAGUAUAAUAUUUAAUUAUCUUAGUAAGGUGAUCAAUACUCAGAAGAAGACUAAGUUCCUGUCUAUUCUCCUUAUCAAUUAUCUUUAUAUAAGAAACCAAUCCCUAGAACUUUAGAUGAAUUUCAUUUAGACGAAGAUCCAAAAAAGAAGGUUUGUAUUGAAGAAUGCUCAACCACUGAAUAAUCACAAGACCAUCAUGCUAUGGGUGACUUAGAAAUAUUAGCAGCAAUGCUAUAAAAAGAAAAUUAGAAAAAAUUCUCAUAUCCAAAAAAUCUUCCAAUUCCAACUAAUGUAGAUGAACAUUUCUCUAACUUAAAAAUGAGAUUUCAUCCUUCCUAAAAAUAAGAAGAAUUUAUUUCAUCUUAUAUUAAAUCUGAUGAUAUCAUGAGAAUCAAAAUUGGAUUAUGUGAUGAAAUUCUUAAUGAUGAUGAAACACAAAAAUUUGAGGAUUGGGUAGAAUAAUUGUGUACAGCUACAAAUCAUGAAUCAUUAAAAGAAAUGGCUAGAAAAUAGAAAGUAGCUAGAUAUCUAGAGAAAAAACAUAGUCGAACAUACGAAAAGAAAGUUCACUAUCAUGUAAGAUAAAAAGUUGCUGAAGAACGAUUAAGAGUCAAAGGCAGAUUUGUUACAUGGACAUAAGUAUUCAAUUGAAUUUUAUAAUUAGGCUUUAAAAAUGUUGAAUCAAUAAUAAGACUCAAUAAAAUCAUGGACCUAUAAUGAUUACUUUAAAAUUAAAAAUUUACUAAAUGAGAAAUUUGGAGCCAUUAGAAGUGAAAGAUCACUAAAGUUAUGA